UUUCUUGUCAACAGAUGGCGUAACAACCACAAACAAAAAUGGCGGCGGUAUCAACGCCACACAUGCAAGACUCGCGUGUGAAAAUACAUGAAAGCGACGAAGAACCAUAUUCCCCAACCACCAGAGACACUGUCACCCCCGACUUCAACGAAGAAGACAAGGAAGAACGCCCUGUACACGCCUUCUCCAUCCACAACGUCCUGAAGAAGGAACGCACCAGCCCUGAGAAUGUUUUCUCAACUGAUAAACUCCUACAAAACACUCCUAACUAUGAAGAAAAUGACAAUAACGAUUCUAGGAAUUCUGAAAGCGUCAGCCCUAGAAUCGACUAUGACGAUAAUCAGACAAAUGAAUCCAGAGCAGAAAUAAGUGUAGAUGAUGAUAAUUCUUGUUGUAGUGAUGACACAGUAUUAUCCGUCGGAAACGAAGCCCCUGUUUAUGAAAACAAUGAUAAAGAACAGGGGCUAACAUCUUUCAAACACAUACAGACACAUUUAAACGCAAUCUCACAACUAAGUCAGAAUCUGACGAUGAACCAACCUUUAAUCUUACGACCGAAUCCUAUAACCCCUAAUCCUUUGAUGUUUUUAAAUCAGCCAUUAUUAUUUCAAAAUCCGAUUAUGGAUCUAAAAGCACCUAUACCUCGGCCUGCGCCGAGUAAUAUAAUCAAUCCUCAAGUUUUUAACCUAAAUUUCAGUCGAAAGACUCAAGAUUUAAGAAACGCACGGACAGACGAAAAUAGAAGAGUAAACUAUAUGACUCCAAAGUCCCCUGACGAAUCUAGGGAUUUCAUGAGUCAGAGUUUAAAGUUUAGUAUAGAUAAUAUUUUGAAAGCGGAUUUCGGGAGGAGGAUAACUGAUCCUAUGAAGAGGAAGAAGAGGGAAGUUAAGGAGGUUAAGGAGGCGAAGGAAGAGGCGAGGGUGCCGGAGGUGAAGAGUGGGGAGAAGGGAGGGGCGAUCGACUUGUCUAAGGGGGAUGACAGUGCGAGCAAUUCUGGGUCUACCACUGGGACGUCGUCCGGGGACGGGCCCAUGGUGUGGCCAGCCUGGGUGUACUGUACGCGCUACAGCGACCGACCCAGUUCCGGACGAAGUAAGUACGGGACCUCACGGCAGACACGUCCCCGCACGCGCCGUCCGAAGAAGCCCCCUGGAGAGGCCCCGCAGAGUGACGAAAAACGACCCAGGACCGCGUUCUCUGGCCCGCAACUCGCCAGGCUAAAGCACGAGUUCGCCGAGAACCGCUACCUGACCGAGCGGCGGCGGCAAGCCCUCGCCGCGGAGCUCGGCCUGGCUGAAGCUCAGAUCAAGAUCUGGUUCCAGAACAAGCGAGCCAAGAUCAAGAAGGCCUCGGGACAGAGGAACCCCCUAGCCUUACAGCUGAUGGCGCAAGGCUUGUACAAUCAUAGCACGGUGCCGUUGACAAGGGAAGAGGAGGAGUUAGAGAUGAAAGCGAGAGAGAGGGAGCAACAGAAUAGACAGUAGAUUUUGUGGAAAGACGAGGCUAUAGUUUGAACUUCAGUUGGGAUGCGGCUCUGCUAUCGCAGAUAUCAGAGAGUCAGGCAACCAUGACUACCAGGCUACCAACAUCGGCCUUUACAUCAUGACUAAGAUGGAACACCACAAACUAUUAUUUUAAUGUAGGAAGAUCAGUAAUUUAAGUAGGAUUGUGUUUUAUUUUGCAACUAGAAAUGGUGCUGGGUCGCUAAGUUUUCAAUCAGUAUACAGCUAACAGAAAAAUACAAAAUAUUAGAAAGUUCCUUUAAUGACAGAAAUAUUUGCCACACGAUUUUGCAAUAGUUUUUAGAUUUUAAAGACUUAGCCUUGUCUUUUUAGGAAAAAUGUGUAAAUUCUUGAUAAAACGUGCAUUUGUAGUUUUUUGGACACAAUAGGUUACUUUCACUGAGGUUUUAGUCAAACUUUAAAAUUUCGUUUUCAUGACAAAUUUUAGAAUCUUUGUUGAAUCUUUAAAGUUUUCUAAGCGAUUGUCCGUUGUAUUGUUCCUAAUUAUUAGUGCCAUGACAUAUGGACUUGAAAAUUUGUAAAAUUAUUGUUUAUAUGGGGUUUUGUUCAGGAAAUAGUUAACUAGCAUCAAAUCUCUCUGCUAAAUUUAUUUAAUUUUGUGCAAUAAAAUGUAUUAAAUUAAAUAUUAUAUGUUUCUGUGUAUAGCCGUGAAGUUAAGCACAAUUUAGUUGUAAACAGCAAAUAUUUGAAGUAUCUUAUUUAAUUAUAUUUAUUGAAAAAACUGAAUAAAACCUUGACUUGAACUUGUAUAAGAACGAUAAAUAGUACUAGCGUAUAGAAUGGUCACUUCAUAGUAGACACCUACGCACGACGCUCUACCCUUUUUUUAGAAAGCGUAGUGCAUUGAUACUAGGGCUGUCACCUAGAAAUUUAUUUUUACAAAUGCAACUGUAAUAGCUAAUAUUCAAGGGUUGACAUUGAAUAUAAAUAUCGUUCUCUUAGUUACACUGAAACAUAAAUUAAUAUGAGUAAAAGAGAUAAGUGCUGCAUUUUUUACUUAUUGACGCUAUAUCUAUUUGUCAUUCUUAUUAUUUUGCCAUACAAAUGGGCUUUGUAAAUAAGUAUUUAAGUAAAUAAUAUUAAAUAAGUAAUGUCCCACUCGAUUGUAUAAAUAAAUAAUUUAAAAUAUCAUGUAAAUAUUAUUUAAUAAGUUUUAAUAAUAAUUAAGUUAUUUAUUGUGCAAUGUAGCAGUAUUAGUAGAGUUGUAAGGGUUGGUGACACACUGACGAUGAAUCGCCACAGCUCUCUUAUUUGCCACCUUUGUGGUCUACAAAGAAAUCUCUACAAGAAUCUCAAUGCUCUGAUAUCAAGAAACCUAGAGACUGACAUCAUUGGUGACAAUGGUGACACCCCUAUGACAACCUAUUUAGAAAAAUAAAUCUUUUAUCUUAUAGUGAACCUUGUGUGAAUGCACGAAGGUUGAUAUUCGGCUGUAGCCGCACGCGUUGACGUCUUUGACGGUCAAAGCGUCAAAAUCCCCGUGUAUAGAUAACUUUGAUCGCUUGGUACGUAUAGCUACUAGUGCACUCAUCAGACUGUCACCAGCUCCAACCGUACAGUAGCAGUUUAUAGGAAAAACAUUAUUAAAACAAGUUUAAAAAAUAG